AUGGAUGAUGGAAUACAUGAAGGAAGUGAAUAUGAAUCAGAAAGAGAAGGUACAAAUUUGCCGCCGUACGAAGACAGUGAAUCUCAACCAGGAGAUGAAGGUUCAAAUCUACCACAGUCUAGUGAUAAUCCAAAUAGAGAAUCAGAAAGAGAAGGUACACAUUUCCCGCCGUACGAAAACAGUGAAUCCGAAGACGAAAGUUCAAAUUUACCACAGUCUAGUGAUAAUACAAAUGGAGAUUCAACGGCAACGAAUAGCAUUUUUACUAUUACCUUUCGGAUAUUAAAUUUAAAUGGAGAGCAAGUGAUGCCCACUGAAGGAUUGAAUGAUCCCAAUUCAGAAAUAUUUCUGGAAUAUUCAGGAAUACUCACAGAAAUGCUAUACGAAAUUUACACAGGAAUACCAAGUUUCAUUAACGGUCAAAUCAACGGGUUCAUAGAUGAAGGCGUUACAGUGAACGGAUAUCUUGAAUUUUAUCCACAUGAACAGAUUUCGUCGAGUGAAUUGGAAAACGUGUUUAAAGAAUCAGGAGAUGGCGAUGGUUUUAUACAAACUACAUCCGGCUCCCUGGUCUAUAUGCCAAAUAGUCUUGUUGUCAAUGAAAUGGAUGAUGGAAUACAUGAAGGAAGUGAAUAUGAAUCAGAAAGAGAAGGUACAAAUUUGCCGCCGUACGAAGACAGUGAAUCUCAACCAGGAGAUGAAGGUUCAAAUUUACCACAGUCUAGUGAUAAUCCAAAUAGAGAAUCAGAAAGAGAAGGUACACAUUUCCC